GUAUAGUUCGAACAUUCGAGUGGAAAGUAUGUGACCGAUUAAUUUAUAAUGGUCAGGAGUUGUCAUGUUUCUUUGUUAAGUAUAAGUAUUUAUUUGAAUUGGUUGAAGUAGAUAUAAAUAAAUGUUAUUACAUUGAAAUUUAUUUGUUUGGACUAUACAUAGAUCUAGUUGGAUUUUAAUAAUAUGUUUUAGUAAGGAUACCUGAACAUUAAAACUGUGUACGAUGCCUUUGUGCAACGGAAUUUAGAGCACAUCUAAUCGUGCUGAUACCAGAAUUUGGUAAACUCAAUAUUACAAAAAAAAAAUGUCGCAAUCAUGCGGUAAAUUGUGAAGGGAGAGGGCUUUGCGGAGAAAAUUGUUAUAUCAGUUCGCUAAAUAUGUACUUAUUGAAAACAUAAUUGGAGUGAAGAAAUCUGAUAUAUGCAAUUAAAUAUGACAGGCAGAGAUAAUGUUUUUAACGAAUCGGUAGAUUUUUUAUUAUUUCAUAAGGAGGUAAAUGCAAAAUAUUCAGUUUAUGACUUGCGUAUUUUGGGAAAAUUAUCAGGUUUUCCCCUAAUUCAUGCGAAGAAAGAGCUCCUGCUAAUAUAGAGAAUAAUGCUGUGAGAGAGAAAAAAAGAGAUUUAUUUUGAACUCGGGAUCAAAAGCAGAUAAAAAUAUAUUUAAAAAGAACUCUAAUUCAAAGGAUCUUUUACAAUUGCACGUUAAAAAAACAACAUAAUAAUGUCAUUAACGGGAGCAAUUAGAUGGAAGUUCUUUGCCAUACUUAUUUCAAUUCUGAUUGUUCUGUACAUCAUGUUAACUCAGACAUGGAAAAAUGAUGCGGCGGAAUAUUCAGACGACACUGAUAGAAGACACGAACUGUUAAACUCUCAGAGCUGCUUUACGAUUAUCUGGGAUAAAAGUGCGUUUAGUGAUUUUAUCAGGGGGAAAAGUAUCGAAAAUGGCAGGAAUAUUUCGACCUUUAGAGAAAGUUCAUGUCAUCAUUUCAUGGAAUUAACCUCAUCAGGUGGAAGAACAGGCAAUCAACUGUUUCAAAUUGCUGCAUUGUUAGGAAUCUCUUUUGAGUAUGACUAUAUUCCAAUUAUUGAGCCCUCGUUCCCCUUACUGAAGUAUUUUGAUUUGCCAAAUGUAUUUAGAAUGAUUUUGAACAAUGUGAGCGUAUGUUCAUCACAGCCUUUCGGGAUAUAUUACGAAUGUUCUGACAGCAGUAAAAAUGAUAAAGCUUUUAAUAUGACAAUUCACGGAUUUUUCCAGUCAUGGAAAUAUUUUAAAAACAGUGCGAGCAUAAUAAGAGCAGUUUUGAAAAUAAGAACAACAUACUUGCAAACUGCUAGACACUUUUUAAAGAUUCACAAUAAGGUUGGUUUAAAAAAUAUAUGUAUACAUGUAAGAAGGACAGAUAUGACUACCAAUUCAAAUAAAAAUACAGGUUAUGCAGUGGCUCCUAUCAGUUUCAUUUACAAAGCUAUAAACUUUUGUGAAACCAAUUUUAAGAAAGCUGUUUUCUUUGUAUUAAGUGAUGAUAUUAAGUGGUGCAGGAAAAAUAUAAAACGUGACGUCAAAUUUAGCAGUUUUGAAGACCCUGGGUAUGAUUUGGCUCUUAUGACUUUAUGUGAUCACGUGGUUGUAACUUCAGGUACGUUUGGUUGGUGGGGUGCUUGGCUUUCGAAUAGAACGGCUGUUUAUUUCAAUGGGUAUCCACGCCCCGGAUCUCUGCUAGAUAAGUCGUUUUCACGUGAGGAUUAUUAUCCCCCUAACUGGAUUGGGCUAUCUUAACCAUAAAAUAUACAUUAGACCAACCAUUUUAUUGAGACUGGAAUAUUUUAAAUUUUAUAUAUUCGAGUUUGGGCAAAUUACAAUUUGAAAAUCAACUAAACCCCUACUGACUGCCUUAGCCAAAAUUGUGAAAAGGGACGACUUUCGGUUAUUUAGUCGAACACAAACCUCACCUAUUGAAGUACUGUCUCUGAUAGUGUAAAGGAGAUUUUCAUCACUGCAUUAGUGAUGCAUCCUGCUACUGUUCACAUAUUACAGAAUGAAGGUUAAGGUUUUGAUACUGACAAGGUUUAGAAGUUAAAGAAAAUGCAUAUCAUAUACAAGACUUAAAUUGUUUAAUGUUUCCUUCUUUGUUUUGAAAGUAGAACACAAUACUUAAUAUUUAGUAUUGUUAUGUCAAAGGGUAACAAUUGCUUGUUACAGUAAGUCAAAAAAAUGUCAAAUAGCCGUAAAAUCCAAUAAAAUGUGUAAAAAUAGUCCAAACCCUGCCCUGGUCAAAUAUAAUUCCAAAGAGUAAUAAUUCCAGAUUAUUAACAAAUCAAAACUGUAUUUAAAUAUGUCCAAAUAUUAUAAAUCCUCUCAUCAAAGACAACUUGUUAAGUCCACAAUGUUAAUGUAAUUCCUUCAACUGUUAAAUAUCCAAAUUGGUAAUAUCUUGUUAUUAAGAAAUACAUGAAAUAUUUCAAUAAGAUCUAUAACUGUAAAUUCUGUCCUGUCCUAAGACAGCUUCCUAUUUAUUGUAUCAUGGAAGGUUUCAGAACUUCCAUGUAACACUAAGAAUAAAAAGAACAUUCUAGAAAAAUCAAGAAUAACCCUGACGUUAAAAAUAAUUGUUACAACCUGUUAAUCAGUAUUGUUGUAGAACAUUCUGGAACACCAUAGAAUAAAAAUUACAUAUUUACAUGAUGUCUCAAAACUAGGCAAAUAAACAAUGACUCAUCAAUAAAGUAAAGACUAAAAGGGAAAUGACAUAUACAUAACAGUAUGCACACUUAUUUUGUUAUACUAAUGUUACUGUUAUUGUUCCUUCUCAAGAGAAGGAACACUUAUGGUGAACAUGUCACACUUGACUGAGCAGGUAAUGGAUACAAGGGUAUCAUCAAAGGCGUCCGAAUGCCAGUAGGGCGCCGCCAUCUUGGACUCAUGCAUAUUCAUUAUAAAUAGCCUCUUUGCCAGUGUGUGUGUACGUAUCUUUAAGUCAAUCUUAAGACUAAAGUUUAGUGAAAUACAACUACUUUAUAACAGACCUUCAAGAAACAAUAUAACAUAGUUUAAAUCAUAUAACUCCUAAAUCUAACUUGUCAUAACGAAGAAUCGAGAUUAUUUAAAUGAAUAUUGCAUCAUCUUAAAAUAGACUCCCGCCCAAAAUAUCGUCUGCUAUUAUUCUGCUUGGUUUCAUUUUCUUGUAGCUUAACUUUUACGGACCCAGGCGGUCAUAUUUCGUUUUGGAGCUGGAAGUAUCAAUCAUGCGAUGCAGUUAAGGGAGUUUGACAGCACUUUUCUGUCCAUGUACUGCUAUGUAAAAAAACUUUCAAUUUACAAAGUGGCUAACAUAUGGCCGAAUUCCGAUCUGUGCCACAAGGGAAGGUUUCGACAGAGGAUUCCCGAAAUUUUGAUAGAAUGGUGGUCUUUAUUGUUUAUUAUCCGCUGACAGAGCUAUAAUAUUUAGAUAGAAGGUGUUUGAUUAUUAUUAUAAGUUAAAUAAAUGUUUGUGUGAAAUAACUUAAAUGUUUUUAAAUAGAUAAGAUCCUUUAAAAAGAACAUCUAAUAUCCGUUAGAAGGAACCUUUUGGUAAGCUAAAUCUUGUUUUCUCUGUUAAUAUCAUGUCCUGCACAAAUGGAAUAUUUUAACCGGUGCAAGCCCCAGUUGGGGAGUAAAGAUAUACAUGAAAGUUUUUUUAAAUGAUUGCGCAGCCAUCGUAGAAAUACAAUUCAAUGACAAGUCUUUAUCUAUAUUAUUUAAGUUCUGAAGUUUCAAAUGUGUAAAGAAUAUUUUUUCUAAUUUUCUGAAUAAGUAAUUCGAGACGAGACGUAUUAUAUCCAUUCUCUCAGACUGUUCUCAUUACUAAACAGUAUGUUUUAACUUGUGACUUUAGGCCAGUCCUUCAUUGGAUACUUAUUAUCAUAUGACUGAAGGAAUGCUUGAUUGUACAACUAUAUCAAAAGGAUUUUAUUUUAUCUAAAUACGAUGUUUUUAACCGGAACUUACGAGUUUUUGACCUAGGUCACUAAAAUAUGAAUGCAACUAAUUUUAGAACAGUGAAUUAUGUGAACUCGGAAUAUGCUUUUUAAAAAGGAAAACAACCGUUUGUAUUUAUAUAUUUUUUUAAACAUUAUGACCUACUUUUCUGGUUUAAUAUUUAAUAAAAGGAAAAAUACUCA